UCAGAGGCAGUACCUACACCAGUAGGUUUCCAUCACGAGCCAAAGCAGGUCUAAGGAGACCAGAGGCUGCCGGGUCUCCUACCAUCAGGAGACAACCAGCCCCCGGCCACCACUCCGGGACAGCUUUCAACCGAGUUGUACAGAUGGUUCCAGCAGAGAGGAACCAGCAGCAGAACAACCCCACUUUGACUCGUAGGGAUAGGCCGCCCCCUUCCUUCGCACGACCUGAUUGGUACCCUGGAGCGAGACGGCCAACAGACGUAAGUCAAGCAGCUCCAGAUUCAGGCUACACAUGGAGCGAGGCGGAGACAGCGCCAGAGAUGACAGCCCGGGACCCCAGGCCUGAUAUCUCAGAGCUUGAACGCUGGUAUUACAACUUUGGACAAUAUCCACCCCAGUCCGCAGACCCCGAGCCACAAGACACAACUCACACUAGAGUGGAACCAGUGGACUCCUGGAAACCAGAAGGGAAGCCUUUUGAUUCAGUGGAACCAGUGGACUCCUGGAAACCAGAAGGGAAGCCUUUUGAUUCAGGUUUCAGUGUGAGAGAGCAGGACUCACUACCCCGGGCCGACCCAGAGCCUGUUACUCAGGGAGACCCAAACUGUAAAGUAGACAUAGCAUGGCUGAUGGACGGUAGCUGGAGUAUUGGGAAGCGUCGCUUUAAGAUCCAGAAGGACUUCCUGGCUGAGGUGGCACAGGUCAUCAACGUGGGCGUGGCCGGACCCAUGAUGGGCGUCAUCCAAUACGGAGAUGAUCCGGUGACAGAGUUCAGUCUCAAGGCCUAUACAAACUCCAGAGAGCUGAAACCUGCCGUAGACAAGAUCACACAGAAGGGAGGGAUGUCCAACGUGGGGAAGGCCCUCUCCUAUAUCAACAAACAUUACUUCAGCGACGCCAACGGUAACCGGGGCGGAGCGCCCAACGUGGCUGUGGUUCUGGUAGACGGCUGGCCCACCGACAAGGUAGAGGAGGCAUCACGCCAGGCCAGAGAGUCUGGUAUCAACAUCUUCUUUGUGACCAUCGAGGGACCCGACGAGAACGAGAAGCAGAAUGUGGUGGAGCCGAAUUUUGUGGACAAGGCGGUGUGUCGAACCAACGGUUUCUACUCCCUACCCGUGUCGAGCUGGUUCGCCCUGCGGAAGGCAGUCCAACCCCUUGUCAAGCGAGUGUGCGACACCGACCGUCUCGUCUGCAGCAAGACCUGCCUUAACGCUAACGACAUCGCCUUCGUCAUCGACGGAUCCAGCUCUGUGGGCACCGGGAACUUCCGGACCGUCCUGCAGUUCGUCGCUAACAUCACGCGGGAGUUUGAGAUAUCGGACACGGACACACGAGUCGGCGCAGUGCAGUAUACGUACGAACAACGGCUGGAGUUUGCCUUCGGACAACACAACAACAAGGCUGAUCUGCUUAAUGCCAUAAAGAGGAUUAAUUACUGGAGCGGCGGGACCAGUACUGGAGCGGCUAUCACCUACGCAGCAGAGCAGCUGUUCAGCAAGUCCAAACCCAACAAACGCAAGAUCAUGAUCGUUAUCACCGACGGGAGGAGCUACGAUGAUGUCAGAGCUCCAGCGUUGGCCGUCCAUCGCCAAGGUGUGAUAGCCUACUCCAUCGGCAUCGCCUGGGCAGCGCAGGACGAGCUGGAGUACAUCGCCACCGACCCCGACAAGGAGCACUCCUACUUCGUAGAUGAGUUUGACAGCCUCUACAAGUUCGUCCCCAAGGUGGUCAAUAACAUCUGUCAGGAGUUCAACUCACAGCCACGCAACUGAGCUGAACAGGGAGG